CAACGAAAUAGCAGCAACCAGACAAAAAUGAAUUUGAGCUUAAAAGCAUAAUUUAUCGAUUCAAAGCAUAAAAUUACACGAUUUUGGGAGCAAACUCACUGGAAAACUCUUAGAUUUUGGGAGCACCCCCACGGUGGCAGAAACUAGCAGAGGAGUGAAAGAACUAACAGUGGGAAGAGAUGGAGAAAGAAAAUCGGAGGGAAGGGGUCAUCGUCAUCGUCGAAGACCAAAACGACAAUAAAUUAGCAUAUGCUUCUGACGAUUUCAGAACUGACACUUUUCCUAUUCCAUAACUGGCACACAGGCCCACUGAUAUUACGUGACGUUUUAUGUGUUUUCGGGUAUUGGACUCGUACUGACCUGUUAAUUGCAGGUUCAUAGAAAUUCUUUUGUUUUCUAUACGGGUUCCUGACCCGAAUAGUCAAAUACCAGAACAGCGCGAAAACCUUCCCUUUUGGUUUACACUACAAUUCCUACUUGCUGGUUUGCGACUGUGAUUUUAGCGAAGAAAAUGCAAGACUCAACCGAGUCAAGCAACGAGUCUUUCAAAAUCGGCCAGCGGGUCCACUCAACUAGCGAUCGUCGCCGAAUUGGGACGGUAAAGUACGUUGGACCCUUGCAGGGCCAUCCGGGUACAUGGGUCGGGGUUGAUUGGGACAAUGGAGAAGGCAAGCACGACGGAUCCGUCAACGGCGUCCGUUACUUCCAUUCGAGAUUGGAACGGUCAGGAUCCUUUGUUCGAACCCAAAAUUUAAGUCCGGGCAUUUCUUUCCUUGAAGCUCUCCAUAUCAGGUACAGAAGCGAGUCCACUAAGGAAGAAGAAGAUGAAAUGUAUGUGCUUUCAUCUAGUAACAAACGGGUAUCAGUUGAACUUGUGGGUAAAGAGAAAAUUCAAGAUAAGCUAAGUAGAUUUGAAGAACUGAAGGGUGCUUCACUACCUUAUUUGGGUGUUAGCACUACUGGAAAUCCAACUGAUAUUAGCAAUUUGGUUCCCAAUCUGAAGGAGUUGGACUUGACAGGAAAUUUACUUUCGGAAUGGAAGGACGUUGGUACCAUGUGUGAGCAUCUACCAGCUCUUUCAGCUCUCAAUUUGUCUAAUAAUAUAAUGUCACAGAGCAUUACUGGGCUACCCCAACUGAAAAACAUCCGUGUUUUAGUUCUAAACAAUUCUGGCAUAAAUUGGACACAGGUUGAAGUUCUUAAUCAUUUAUUACCAGUGAUUGAGGAGCUACAUUUGAUGGGGAACGGCAUAUGCACAAUAACGUCAACAGCUUCAUCAAUUGUUCAAGGAUUUGAUUCUUUACGGCUUCUAAAUUUGGAAGAUAAUUUGAUAGCUGAAUGGAAUGAAAUCUUAAAGCUUUCACUGUUAAAAAGUUUGGAGCAGCUUCAUUUGAAUAAAAACAAUUUGAAACGUAUCUUCUACCCGGGUGCUGAUAUAAUGGAUAAAUUACUAGGUGGAUCUGAAUCUCAUUUGAAAACGCCUUUUCAAAGUUUGCAUUGCCUUCUUCUGGGGGCUAACAAACUUGAGGAUCUAGCAUCAAUUGACUCGCUGAACUCAUUCCCGAAAUUGGUGGAUAUCAGACUUUCUGAAAAUCCAAUAACUGAUACUGGAAGAGGUGGUAUCCCAAGAUUUGUUUUGAUUGCACGGUUAUCCAAAGUUGAAAUACUAAAUGGAAGUGAGGUAAGCCCUCGCGAAAGGAAGGACUCUGAGAUUCGAUAUGUCCGCUUAGUUAUGUCAAGGUUACAUGAAAAUCCAGAUGAAAUCAAAGAGCAUCCCAGGUUUGCUGAGCUGAAGGCUUUUCAUGGCAUUGAAGGUGAAAGGCCAUCAGUUGGAACAUCAGGCCCUCAAAAAAUGGCAUCCAGUCUUCUAUCUAUCACCCUGAAAUGCGUUGGUGCAUCCAUUGGUGAGAAACCAUUGUUAACAAAGAAAUUGCCAGCCACUACAACGGUUGGCAAGCUAAAAAUUCUGUGUGAAAGCUUUUUCAAUCUCAAGUCUAUCAAACCCAAAUUAUUUCUUCAAGAAGAGGGCUCCCCUCUACCUUUGCUGUUGGAUGAUGAAAUGGCAACUUUGAUGGACGUUGGAAUUGGCAAUGAUUCAACCAUUCUCGUGGAUGAAGAGAGUUGAUACGCAAAUACUAACGAGCUCAAUGUAAUCUGUUGCAAACUGAAUGCUGUUUUAGAUUUGCUGGAGUUACACUUCUCAUGCAUGCUGGUGACACAAAAGAUAAUUCGGCCAUGUCUCUCUAUUUUCCCCGCAGAUGAUGGCAGUAGUUUUAUUGUCAAAAUUAAAAUAUUCUCCUGAUCUGAGACAACACCAGUUUUUAAUUAAUGCCUGGGAGGAACAAGUCGCAACCAGUUUUUGAUCGAUAACCGUUUGAUUUUAUGGAAUAACUUUCUUGAAAAAUAUUCUUCAAGUUACAAAUGGAUUCAUUGUCUAUUGUUUUAUAGUAGUAGUAGUUUUAGAAUUACUUGAAAAUUCUAAAAAUUUGUAAUUUAUGGAACUAUAAAAGGUUCAUCUUUUUCUUUUUAAUAA